AUGACCGAGUAUGUACCUCAGUACAGGUUCGAAAAGGAGUCUAAGACCGCGCCUGUAAAGGUACCGCAUCCGCAAGGAUGGGGAAAUUUUGACUUGAGCUCUGUACUCAUUCCCCCUUCGGCGGGCCUGGGAACCACAAAGCGCUACUAUCAGCGACGCACAAUGUUCCAAUACGCCGCUCUAUAUGUCUUUGGACUCUGGUGCUUCCAAAACCUGGCCAACCCGGCUUAUCGAGCUGCCGCUCUUGGGUUGCUCUUUCCCGGAGCUGGAUUAAUUGCUGUCGGAACAAUUGCUUCCAUUCUGGCCUUUACCGUUACCAUUGUCAGCAUCCCUGUGACUCUCUUUAUUUGGUUCGCCAUGGGCGGUGUCCUCUUCCCUCUGAUCGUGUGGUUUGGUUCCGCUGGUUUGGCCGGCUUUAUGGCUCGCGACUCUCUCUUCGAUCAGGCUGGACCAGCUUGGGGUAUCAUCUGUGUGGGCCUAGUUAGCUGGGCCAUGUGGAAGAGUGCCUCUAUCAACGCUCGCGGUCACUCCAUUCAGCAGAUCCGCAACAAGUGGCUUCCUGCCAAAGUCAAGUCCAUGCAGGACAGCGCCGUUCCCGCCCCGGCUCCAGGCUCUCGAGAGCUAGACCUCAAAACUUUGCGCUUUGUUCAGCACAUGGUUGAGCGUGGCCUCGCCAAGCAUGACGAUUUUAGCUAUCAUGAUGUUAUCGACCAGUUUCAAACUGGAGCUGUCCGCUACCAGCUGUACGGAGUCGUCGAUUGCCUUUCUCUGUACAUGACGCACUAUGCACCUGGAUUCCAUGGCUAUGUGGCCGAAGCGUGCCGUAACUCCAUUGAAAAGUCCUUGACCAAGCGAAUCAUGUCGUACUGGAAAUGGGAGCGACUCACUGGAAAGUUCACCACUGACUACGACCCUAUCAAUUACGACAAUAUCAUGGUCACUGGCUAUCUUGGCGUUGCUAUUGGUCUUUACUCUUCGGCCACUGGCGACCGACGAUAUGAAAAGCCUGGCUGCCUCAAUUUCCACAUUGCCGACGGAGUUCACUUCAAGCGCUCGUUUGGUGAUCUUGCCGAUGCCAUGUACCAGAACAUGGCCACCAAUGACUAUUGCCUAUACCCCUGCGAGCCAAACUGGACUUAUUCCCUCUGCAACUUGAUUGGCAUGGCCGGUCUUAUUAUUUCUUCUCGACUACUGGGCAACGACUAUGCCGAGAAGAUCAAGCCCCGCUUUGAGCGUGCUCUGGAAGACGAGAUGACCGAACCCGACGGUCGCAUCUUGCCCAUUCGUUCCGAGCUAACUGGUUUGACCAUUCCUGGUCUUUCCGGAACUCUUUCGGACUGUAUCAAUGCCAUGAACUUGACUUCUUACCUGCCUCACAUUGGCUCGCGUGUCUGGGCUAUCAUUCGCCAAGAGCACAUUUACUACAAUGAGAAAAACCGUUUGGAUGUGAAGGAUCUCCGCGGCGCAGACAAGAUGGAUCCUGGCAACUACAAGGGUGGUGUCGGUGCUCUUCGUGCCUUCGUCGCUGGCUGCGCGGCUGAGUUUGGCGAUGAGCAGAUCCGCAAGGAUGCCUUAGAGCAACUCGACGAGGAAUUUUUCCCUGUCCAUCCAACUCCCUCCGGCUCCCUUUACAACAAGGGUCUGUCGGCCACUACCCAAGUCGUGGCGUUAAUGGCCCGCAUGGGUCGCUAUCAAGAUUUAGCGAACGCAACUCUCCACGGCCCUGAACCGACCGCAAUGCAGGGCCCACUUUUGGCUGCUUGCAAGUUCCCCGAGGUUCUUGUGGCGAAGGCUUAUAGUCUAGAUGGCAAAGCUUUGGACUUGGUUCUUUAUAAUGGCAAGGCUCCGGGGAAGCAGCAGCUCAAGUUCGAGAGGUUGACUCCCAACUCGAAAUACUCGCUUGGCAAUGGACAGACUAUGUCCGCCGAUGAGAAUGGACACGGCCGUGCCGAUGUUGAUUUGAAUGGCAGAACACAGCUCAACAUUGCUCUUGCCUAA